GUUAUGGACGACGACGAGGCUGAACUACGAAAUCCCUUUCCCUCACCGCCAUCGCACUAUACUCGCUAUACAACCCAUAAUCUCAAGUUAUUAGCCCUACUCAAUGAACGGGCGCCCGAUGAGGAGAACCCCAAUCAACAGGAGGUCUUGUCCGAUCAGGUGGACGUGCCAGAUUGGCCAUUGAAGCAACUUGAGAAACCACGCGUUGACUGGAUUCUUGACGAGCCUGACGCCUACUACGACGUGUUUGGCGACCGUUGGUCGGUACGUACAGUAUACUCGUCGUUAUCUGCACCAUUACUCACUGCUGACCGACGACCGGCGUUGUUAUCCGUUCUGCGUUCCCUUCUCGUGACAUAUUCAUAUCUCACGUCCGCUCUGCUCGCUCCGCCUCUGACAAACUCUUCUCGUGAGAACGUGGAGCCCGAAUGGAAGCGUCAUGUCGACUGGAUAUCUAUCUUGAGUCAAAACAUAUUAGCUGCAGCAAAUGACCUCCGGCCUGUCCAGGCGAGGGGUAAUCUAGAGCUUAUCAUGAAGCGACAAUUGGAACUUCGGAGAGAAGAAACUGCGGCACUUCACGCAAAAUGCGACUCUCUUGAAAUCAAGCUGGCGGAGCUUCGGACGUCUGCGCAAAAUUCGUCUCAAAUGAACGAAAACUUAUCGCUCGCCGCGUUUCAACACACGGACAUUCAGCCCUCAGGAACUGAUGAGCGUGGACCGAGCAAUGAAGACGUACUUCGCUGGGCGGAAGAACUAUAAUAAAUGUCAUUUGACCUGGAAUAUUUCAUCUUGUAUCCCUAUUAUUGAGCAGCUGUAUAUAUUGCGAUUCAAUUCAUCAUAUUUCGUAUUUUGAACCA